AUGAGCGUCCACACAGCAUCCAAACAAGAACAAGAUCUCACGGAGGAUCCUUCCGAAACCUUCAGUGAUGUUGACAUCGAUAUCACAGUAACGCACGCUUCCCCCGAGUCGAAUGACAAGAUCUCUGAGCAAGAGGGCGAGCUAGAUACUACUAGUAGUAUGUCUUCCAGAGUGCGUCGAGAACGCAACACCAAGAUUGGCCUGGUUGUGCUAGUGAUUGGUAUCCUGGUUCCAACAGCUCUUGUGAUUGGUGCCCUCUUCAACAAGAAAGACAAGAACUCAAAUAGCACUUCAGAAGCAACCACUUUCCCAGAGACAAUGGCCUGCACCAGAGAUGCAAGAAUCUGUUCUGACGGCACUGCUAUUGGCCGCAAUGGCACCAAUAACUGCGCCUUUGACUCUUGUCCAGAAGGAGCUUGCUUCAUAGAACUCCUCAUUCCUUGUGACGACGGAGUUACAAAGGUCUGCGACCAGACACAGUGCCCCUCCAAUGCCAAUGACAAUGCCAAUGACAAUACCAACGGGGAACCUACAACGACUUCCCAAUCCAGCUCUACAGUCACCGUAGAAGACCUUACUGACACGCUAACGACUAACAGCAGCAACACAGACAAUAACGGUGGACCGGACGGACAACAGAAGGAGGACCAAACAUCUCCAACAGAAACUCCACAACCAGCAGCAGUCUUGUGUCCUCGUUCCAUUCAACUUUGCUCAGAUGGAUCCUUCGUUAGCCGUGAUCCUGACAACAAUUGUGAGUUCCCUGCUUGUCCUGACCCCUCCCCACCGACAUCGGAACAAGAGCCAUCCGAAACACCACAAGUAGCAUGCCCCCGGCAGAUUAAACUGUGCACAGACUUGACGUCUGUUACCUACUCGGGUCCCAACUGCGAGCUUGAAGAGUGCCCCCAAGGAGCUUGUUGGGUAGAUAGUCAAGUUUGUCCAGAUGGCAUCACCUAUGUUGGCCGUGAUCCUUCCAACAACUGUGAGUUCUCUGCUUGCCCCGAAGGCUCCACCACUGAGGAGUCCACACCCGAAGAAGAACCGUCGGAAACACCUCAAUGCGAUCGCGACAUUCAGUUCUGCCCCGAUGGAAGCUUCGUGGUGCGAGAUACGCGGAUCUGUGAGUUCCCUCCAUGCCCACCUUAA